GUGAAACUCCAUUCUUCGUCAAUGCCACUGCCGGUACCACAGUUCUGGGUGCAUUUGACCCAUUAAGAGCAAUAGGAAAAAUAGCAAAGCAAUACAACAUCUGGUUCCAUGUAGAUGGAUCGUGGGGUGGAAGCGUGAUAUUUUCGGAGAAGCACAAAUAUCUGGUUGAUGGUUCCAACUUGGCUGAUUCGAUAGUAAUUAAUCCUCACAAAAUGUUAGGCGCUCCAUUACAAUGUUCAUUUUUACUUGCUCAGAACUCUCAAAUAUUUGCUCAUGCAAACUCAUUAGGGGCCGAGUAUUUAUUUCAUCAGGGGGAUAGCCAGUAUGACUUAGGUGACAACACCGUAGGGUGUGGUCGUAAACCUGAUGCAGUAAAGUUGUUUAUCGGAUGGAAAAUAUUUGGUACCGAAGGUUACCGUGCAAGAAUCGAACAUUUGUUUCGGAUGAGCGAAUACUUAUCAAGGAGGUUGAAGAGCAACAAGCGGUUCCGUAUGGUGUUGAAAGAACGUCAGAAUUUGCAAGUUUGCUUCUGGUAUGUGCCGGAGGGGAUCAAAGAGUAUUGGCUGAAUGGAGAGAAUGAGGAAUGUUCUGAAAAUAAUGGGAAUGGUCUACGGAUUAAAAUAAAUGGAGAAGACAAAGUGCUGUUGGGGGUGAGGGAUGGUGACAAAAGUGUACCAUCGGAAACGAGUAAUGGUGACAAAAGUGUACCAUCGGAAACGA